AUGCGUAUCUCAAUUUUUAUUGUGCUUGUUACGUUGGUCGCCAUCACUGCCGCACAUCUUCCCCAACUGCGAGAAGUACUGAGAGGCGGACGGGGAGGGUCUCAAGGAGGUUCUCAAGGAGGUUUCCAGAAUGGUCGAAGAGGUACCCAAGGAGGUUUCCAGGAUGGUCGAGGAGGGUCUCAAGGAGGUUUUCAGAAUGGUCGAGGAGGUUCUCAAGGAGGUUUCCAGGGUGGACGAGCUAGUGCCCAAGCAAGUUCUCAAGCAAGUUCUCAAGCAGGUUUCCAGAGCGGUCUGAGUGGCACACAAGGUGGACGAGGUGGUGAUCAAAGGCGAAGAGGUACACAGGGAGGCUUCCAGAAUGGCGUGAAUGGGGAUUACAUCAACAACAUUGGUGACCUGCAAGGUGGAAGAGGAACUUCACUAGGAGGUUCCCAAGGAGGUUUCCCAGGUGGAAGAGGAGAUACUCAAGACGGUUCCCAGGGUGGGCAAGCAAGUGCUCAAGCAAAUUCUCAAGCAAGUUCUCAAGCAGGUUUCCAGAGCGGUCUGAGUGGCACACAAGGCGGACGAGGUGGUGUUCAAAGGCGAAGAGGUACACAAGGAGGCUUCCAGAAUGGCCUGAAUGGGAAUUACAUCAACAACAUCGGUGGCCUGCAAGGUGAAAGAGGAAGUUCUCAAGGAGUUAUUCGGGGCGGCCAAGGAGGAUUUCCGGGUGGUCAGCAAGGUGUACGAAGUGGUUCACAAGGAGGCUUCCAAAAUGGUUUGAAUGAAGGUUAUACCAUCGGCUUUGGUAGACGAGGAAACUCUCGAGGAUUUGUCCAGAGUGGACGAGGAGGUGCCCAAGGAAGUUUCUAG